AUGAUGGCGCGGUGCUGCUCGGCCGUGCGCAGAGCCCCAGCUCUCCUGGCGCUCCUUGGCCUCCUGCUUUCCAUCCAGGGAGCUUGCUCGGGGCCCGACGGGGGCGGCGGCUCAGGAGACCGGGACGAGUCAGGUGCAACCCCUCGGGGGGGCCCGCACAGACACAAACGCAGCUGGGUAUGGAACCAGUUCUUCGUGCUGGAGGAGUUCAUGGGAACCGAACCGCUCUAUGUGGGAAAGCUUCACUCGGACGUGGACAAGGGCGACGGCAAGGUGAAGUACGUGCUGUCGGGCGAGGGCGCCACCUCCAUCUUCACCAUCGAUGAGAACACAGGCGACAUCCACGCCACCAAGAGGCUGGACCGGGAAGCGCAGGCCUACUACACGCUGCAGGCGCAAGCCGUGGACCGACUCAGCAACCUGCCCGUCGAGCCUCGCUCCGAGUUUGUGGUCAAGGUGCAGGACAUCAACGAUAACGAGCCCAAGUUUCUCGACGGGCCCUACUUGGCGGGAGUGCCAGAGAUGUCCCCGCUAGGAACUAUGGUGGUGCAAGUGGCGGCCACCGACGCCGACGACCCCACGUACGGGAACAGCGCCAGGGUGGUCUACAGCAUCGUGCACGGACAGCCCUACUUCUCCGUGGAGCCCAAGACAGGUGUCAUCCGGACGGCUUUGCCCAACAUGGACCGUGAGACCCGCGACCAGUACGUGCUGGUCAUCCAGGCCAAGGACAUGGUGGGCCAGAUGGGCGGCCUCUCGGGUACCACUUCCGUCACCGUCACGCUCACCGACGUCAACGACAACCCGCCUCGCUUCCCUCACAAGGUCAACCAAUACACGGUGCUGGAGUCGCUUCCCGUGCAGUCGGUGGUGGCUCGGAUCAAGGCAGCCGACUCCGACGUGGGUCCCAACGCCGAGAUGGACUACAGGAUCAUGGAUGGCGAUGGGCCCGGCGUCUUCAACAUCACCACGGACGAGAACACGCAGGAGGGAGUCCUCCUCCUGUUAAAGCCUUUGGACUUUGAAAGCAAGAACAGCUUCUCUCUGCGGGUGGAGGCCACCAACAGGAACAUCGACUCCAACUUCCUGAACUUGGGCCCCUUCAGUGACACCACCUCGCUCAAGGUGAGCGUGGAGGACGUGGACGAGGUGCCCGUCUUCGCCUCGCCGCUCAGCACCAUGUCCGUCUCCGAGGACGCCCGGGUGGGCACGUCCAUCGGGAAAGUGUCGGCCCACGAUCCGGACACCUCCGACAGCAGCAUCAGGUAUUCGAUCGACCGCAACACAGACAUGGAGCGCUUCUUCAACGUGGACGCGCUGAGUGGCAUCAUCAGCACGGCCAAGCCGCUGGACCGCGAGGCCAACUCGGUGCACAACAUCACCAUCCUCGCCAUCGAGAGUCAGGACCCCAACCAAAUCGGCAAAGGCGCGGCCGUCAUCACCGUGCUGGACGUCAACGACAACGCGCCCGUCUUCGCCAUCGACUACGAGACGCUGGUGUGUGAAAACGCUCCGGCGGGCACGGUGAUUCAGACGGUGAGCGGCGUGGAUAAGGACGAGCCUCAGAACGGUCACCGCUUCUUCUUCUCCUUGGAUGCCGCCGUGGCAGGAAAUUUCAACUUCACCCUCCGGGACAACAAAGGUAACCAUGCACUUUCAUUCAAGGAAGCCAUGUUUUCUCUUCUUAGAUUUCCGAAUCAAACCCAGCUAACAAAUGACAGCAAUCAUUUAAUAUUUGUUUACUUAUAUAACACGGCGUCCGUACUGACCAAACGCGGCGCCUUCCGGAGACGCGAGCAGCCGGCGUACCGUCUGCCCGUGCUGAUCGCCGACAGCGGCAGCCCGGCCCUGAGUAGCACCAACACGCUGUCGGUGCGCGUGUGCGAGUGCGACGCCGACGGCGUUCCCCUGGCGUGCGGCGCCGUGGCCUACGCCGCCACCGGUCUCGGUACCGGCGCUCUCUUGGCCAUUCUGGGCUGCAUCCUCACACUGCUGGCGAUCGUCCUUCUCAUCGUGACAGCGCGCCGGCGGCGGAAGGUUCCGCUCAUCUUGGAGGAGGAGCGUGACAUCCGGGAGAACAUCGUCCGCUACGACGACGAGGGCGGUGGCGAGGAGGACACGGAGGCCUUCGACAUGGUGGCCUUGCGAAACCUCAACGUCAUCCGAGACCCCGGCGCGCGGCGGGACGUCACCCCGGACACGCCCACCUUCUUCCAGUACACCCCCGCCAGCUCGGCGGCGACCCGCCCGGCCUACAAGUCACUCCCGGACAACGUGGUGUUCCGUGAGUUCAUCUGGGAGCGUCUGAAGGACGCCGACGUGGACCCGUGGGCGCCGCCGUACGACUCGCUGCAGACGUACGCCUUCGAGGGCAGCGGCUCAGUGGCCGACUCACUCAGCUCGCUGGAGUCGCUCAGCACCGACUCGGAGCAGAACUAUGAUUACCUCAGCAACUGGGGACCGCGCUUCAAGAAACUGGCCGACCUCUACGGCAACGCCGACGGCGCCGCCGGCGUUUUCUCGAAGCCUUUGAAUGCAGGAAGAGGAGGACACUGACGGAUGAGCAAUUUACUGGGAGAGAUUCAAAGACAAGACGCAGUAAGCCAAGCGAAAGACGCUUGAAAAAGCUUUGGGCCUCGUUUAAUUCCUCAGACGGAUCUCACUUCAGGUGUGUCGACUCAAGUUGAAGUUUCUUGUUGGGGUUGUGCGCUACGAGACGCUGAUUGCGUAACGCCAAGCGGGAGGUACGUUUCCAAAGGGUGUCUGACAGCCAUCCAAAAAGAUCAUCAAAAACCGACCCAAGUUUGGAAACUUUGGAAUGCACACACCCAACUGGCCAAGCAGAAACGUUUGCAUUUGGAAAGUUUGGUCAAAGCCACCAAUUUUGCACUUG